GCCAUGCAAUCUACCAUGGACGCGGCCGGCGGCGUGCAGGUGCAGCCGGAGGAGGCGGCCGUGCGCAAGGGGCCCUGGACGAUGGAGGAGGACCACGUCCUCGUCAACUACAUCAGCGCCCACGGCGAGGGCGCGUGGAACAACCUCGCCCGCGCCGCCGGGCUUAACCGCACCGGGAAGAGCUGCCGACUGCGGUGGCUCAACUACCUGCGCCCGGACGUGCGGCGCGGCAGCAUCACGCCGGAGGAGCACGAGCUCAUCGUCCAGCUGCAGGCCAGAUGGGGCAACAGGUGGUCUAAGAUUGCAAGGCACCUUCCUGGCCGGACGGACAACGAGAUCAAGAACUUUUGGAGAACCAAGAUACAGAAGAAGCAAAGGAACAAGCAGGACAACAAUGGCACCGAAAGCAUCAUCACAGCCGAGUAUCGCAACACUCCGUCAACCACAGAGGACCAAGGCAGCAGCAACUCCGGCCGGACGGGGGUCACGCAGGACUACGGCAUCGUGGCGCAGCAGCCGAGCACACUUAGCUUGGACCAUCUAGGCUACGAAGCUCGUGGAGGAGGUGGCACGAGCGCUGGUGCCAUGGACGUCCCUCCAGAGUUCUUGGCCGCGUCGGGCGAAAACUUUUGGCCCAUGGAGGAUUUAUGGCCGACGUUGCAGUCGUUCCAUGCCAAUAGCUGAUUGGAUGCUGGAAGACGUAUACAUAUCUAAAGAUUGGAUGGUCAAUGUAUUAAUUUGUCAGGACAGCAAGUCACUAAGAAUGUCUGGAAAAGGUGGGUUAGAAUCCAAAUCCUAAGGAUUUAGUUCAAUUUAAAAUCCGUGAGCGUAAUCCUCUUAUGCCAAACA